UUGCCCGACGUCUGAAAUUAUUUAUAGCUAACUCUUCUCUCUCUCGAUUCUCAUCAGGUCUAGCAACGUUGCUAAAGCUGCCAUACGUAUUCUUUUGAAGAUGCCCAGUCUAGAGGCAAGCGAGGAGACUACCCUCCUUGAUACCUUCGACCCUCGCGAAAUCCACGAUCUCUCCAAUAUCAACCCUCAUCCAAUAACCGGCCGCCUCAUAGAUUCCUACCCAGUUACUCGUACGAGGCCCAUGCGCGUCCUAUGCCUGGGGCAAUCACGAACAGGCACCAUGACCCUCUUCAUAGCCCUCAAGCAACUAGGCUUCACGCCAUAUCACAUGUCCCUUUCCCUUGGUGGCCCCAAGACGAAUCUUUCACUCUGGCGUGAAGCUCUCGAUGCCAAGUUCCACGGGAAGGGCAAGCCCUGGGGUCGUGAAGAGUUCGACAAGAUCCUUGGACCGUACGAUGCCGUGGCUGAUCUGCCGGCCAUCUGCUUCGUCGAAGAGCUCGUGGCCGCGUACCCUGAGGCCAAAGUUAUCGCCACUCAGCGCGAUGUGGAUAGCUGGCUUCGAAGUAUGGACUCGACGGGAGGCCGAGUCCUCAGGUGGCCCCUCUGGAAUACACUAUCAAGAUGGUAUCCUGCACUGGCUGGCCCGUUCUGGGAGUUUGCAAAGAAAGCCAUGCCCACCAACUUCCAUACCAUAACAGACUUCUCUGAGAAGUCACCAGCUCGUCAAGCCUUCCACGAUCACUACGACCUCGUCAAGAGAACAGUUCCGGCCGAAAGGAUGCUCGAGUUCAACGUUCAAGAGGGAUGGGGCCCGCUUUGCAAGUUCUUGGGUACGGAGAUCCCUGAAGAGGAGUUCCCCAAGUUGAACGAUUCAAAGCAGUUUGUUUUGGCCCAUAGCUUGAUGUGGUGGAUUGCUUUUGCGAAAAUUGUUGGAAAGGCUUCUUUCAUGACUGCUGUCUCUGGAGUUAUUGCUUCAAUUUUUGCGAUGUGGCGGCUGAAAUAUGCUGUUAAGAUCGCUGCUAUGCUUAGGCCAAUCGCCGACUUAUCUUGAUUCACUAGGGUCUUGUUUAUAAUCAAAUAGUUGAAUGCGGUUUCCUGUUACCGAAAUAGUCGUUGUGACUCAGUGCAAUACCCAGGGGUCGAUCAGCGUCGAAAGGGUCAUCCACAUCAGCCAGCGUCUUAUACCAUGACCCUGCAGCCAGAUAGCAUCCUUCUGUGUCUACAAGUGUCCAUUGAUUACAGUCUUCUCCGGGCUCCUGAAGAACCAACUUAAUCAAGACGGUCUCUCCACCUAGGAGUGAAGGGAUGGUUUCCAAAUAGACUUCCCCUGGCAGUAUCGACGCCCAACGUUUUCAGGCGUAACUCUAAAACCAUCCGUGCUCGAAACUUUGAGCCUAGGUCGGUCUAAGCGUAAAUGCUGAGCUAUUGAAUUUUAAUAUGGUCCGGCUGAUA